UACCCCAAAUAAAACCCUCAUCCAACGAGAGGAACCCAGACAAAACCAAGAAGAGAAGCAGCGAGCGAGCGAGCGGCGCCACGGCCACCACCGGCGAACGUCAGAGGCCCGAGAUCGAGAAGAGGAAGAGAGCGAGAGCGAUAGCGAGGGAGCGAUCGAUCUGAGCUGCGAGGAGGAGGAGAGUGAGAGACUGAGAGAGUGCGGGAGAGAAAGAGAACGAGAGAUAGAGGGUGAUUGAGAUCGAUUACCUUCUUGAUUGAGAGAGAGGUUCGGGGAGGAAGGAAGGGAGGAGAGAGUGAUUUCCUUUUGGUUUUGGAGAAAGAGAGAGAGAGAUCGAGAGUUUGUUUCUCUUCCAGAUUUCGGCUCUCGAGGAUUAUGGCGGCCAAGCUCGUGGUUCUUGGAAUCCCUUGGGAUGUGGAUACGGAAGGAUUGAGGCAGUACAUGAGCAAGUUCGGGCCUUUAGAUGAUUGCAUUGUGAUGAAGGAACGUUUCACUGGUCGUUCUCGCGGGUUUGGUUAUGUAACUUUCUCAUCAACAGAGGAUGCAAAGACUGCACUUGAAAGUGAGCAUGUUCUUGGAAACCGAACCCUUGAGGUGAAGAUAGCAACACCAAAGGAAGAAAUGAGGGCACCAGCGAAGAAAGCUACUCGGAUAUUUGUAGCCAGGAUCCCUCAUUCUGUCACCGAAUCAAUGUUUCGAAGCUAUUUUGAAGCUUUUGGAGAUAUUACAGAUCUCUACAUGCCAAAGGAUCAAGUCUCAAAAGGGCAUCGUGGAAUUGGAUUUAUCACUUUUGGUAGUGCAGAUUCUGUUGAUGCCAUAAUGGCAGAAGCUCAUGAACUUGGUGGUUCUACUAUAGUUGUUGACCGAGCAACUCCAAAGGAUGAAGAUAUGAGGUACCCGAGCAGAGUAGCACAGGGUGGCUAUGGUGCAUACAAUGCUUAUAUUACAGCGGCUACUCGGUAUGCUGCUCUAGGUGCUCCUACACUGUAUGACCACCCUGCUUCAGUUUACGGAAGAGGGUAUUUUGGACCUCCUCGUGGAAUGGGCAGAAAGAUAUUUGUUGGCAGACUUCCACAGGAGGCAAGUGCUGAUGAUCUGCGGCAAUACUUCAGCAGAUUUGGCCGUAUCUUAGAUGUCUAUGUCCCAAAGGAUCCUAAAAGAACUGGACAUAGGGGCUUUGGUUUUGUGACUUUUGCUGAGGAUGGUGUUGCAGAUCGUGUAUCUCGUAGAACUCAUGAAAUUCUUGGACAUGAGGUUGCUAUAGACUCGGCAACGCCACUUGAUGAUGCUGGUCCUAGUGGUGGUUACAGGGAUGCUGCUGAAGCCUAUGGAGGGUACGGUCCAAUGCGAAACUACGGCAGGCUUUAUGGGAGCCUGGAUUUUGAUGAUUAUGGUUAUGGUGCCACCGGGAGCAGCAGGCCUUCAAGAAUGGAUUGGAGGUACAGGCCCUAUUAGGGCUCAGUGCUGGGACCUGCAACUCGUGGAAUCUGAAUGUGGGCCGCUUCAGUUUGUGUAGAAUUCCAGGUAGAUCUUUUAAUUGGGACAACUUUUCUGGGACUAUUUAUUCGGUGAUGUACUAAGCUGGAAUCGAGUCAGCGGAGUGUAUCAGCUGAAAUUAAACUAGUUUCCUGGUGUUUCCUUCUACAUGUAGACGGAAUUGGAUGUGCCUGUACUGCUCCGACCCUUUGUACUUGCAAGUUCCUUACGAAUUUUUCAAAAUUUGUCCAAAACCAUUCCUCCA